AUGCUCUAUCAAAACAGCAAUCGCUUAUUACAUGGGUACCCCCUGGUAUGGGCAGCAAAGCAUAGCUCCGAAUUGACUAUCCGCCGAGCAUUUGAUGCUGGGGCCUCUACACACUCUUGUCAUUACAACUUCAGAAGAUCGCUCGUCGCGGCAGUCGACAACGGCAAUGAGACUAUCGUGCGCCUGAUACUGGAACAAAACAAAGAUACUGGUAUAUUCAUACAAAACCAGAGCUGCGAGAGGUGUGAAGAUGAGAAAUCCGAGGCCGCCUCAAAAGUCCUACAUCCACUAUAUUUGGCGGCAGUGCGUGGCAACGUGGCCAUUGUCAAGCUCUUAGUUGCCUAUAACGUCACUUUCGAACAUGACCACGACUGCUGCGGUGAAACAUGCUUCGAUCUUGUAUUUGCGGCAGUAGAAAACGGCCACCUAGCCGUUGUGCAAGUUCUCAUCGAGGCUGGCUACGCAUUGAACGACAAACAAAGCGUAUACUGGCAUAAACAGCCACUCCAUGCUGCAGUCCUUCAGGGCAAUACGAAAUUGGUUGAAUACUUGCUGGAUGGAGGCGCCGAACCCUCGCCUCAAGAGGAGCCACCUCUCAUGUCUGCCGCUAAAAAUGGGGACCUGGAAAUGGUCAAAUUGCUCCUGGAACGGGGAGCAGAUCCUAACAAACGAUUUUGCGGUUCAAUGGCCCUCUCUUGUGCGGCUGGCCAUGGCCAUGUGGAGAUCGUGGAAGUUCUCUUAGACCAUGGAGCGGAUCCCGAUCCUGAUAUGGUUCAAGGUUGGCUGAGUACACUCUACCAUGUAGCUAUACAUGGUCAGCUACCAAUCCUUGAUCUUUUGUCGGCGCGUGGAGUGGAAAUAUAUCCCAAGGAACCAACGAAACAGUGCUUCUUGUUAUCAUCGAUAAUCGGCAACAUAAGUUGGGGAUCUGUUGAGAGGAAGAAGAAGGCUGCUUUCGCUGAGCUUUUUCGAACCUUCGUCGACUUUGAGGACAUGAUAAAAGAUGAAGAAGCACAAGCCGAGGUUCUAUACAUAGCCAUUGGCUACGGGUGGGAGGAUAUUGUGAAGCGUGUUCUGGAGCAUGGCUUCUCUGCAGAUGGAGUUUAUCGUCGCUGUGAGACACGGUACGAGAGGCCGGUACUCCAAGCCAUUGACAACGGCCAUAUUGGAAUUACCAAACUUCUUGUCGAGCACGGCGCCAAUAUACAGGCGUACCAGGGAGAAAUCACGGUCCUUGUCGAGCAUGGUCCCAAUACGCAGGAGUACGAUGGAGAAAGCAUGGAUGAAGGCGCACUUUCCUUGGCAAUCCAAUUGGGCAAUGUACAAAUUGCAGAGCUUUUACUCGAUCACGGGGCUGACAUAAACUGCAUAAGCAGCCGCGGAGAAACGGCUUUGGCCGAGGCUGCGAUGGUAUCCGUCGACAUGUUUCGCAUGUUGCUUGAUCGAGGAGCCGAUCCGACGAAAACUGCAUUAUAUGCCGAUGGCACUUUCAAUCCAUCCUCAGGCGAAAACGCUAUUACCAGAGCAUUGUACUUCGGCGCAGUGGAUGUGGUACAAACAUUGGUGGAGAGAGGUAUUGCAUUGGAAAUGCCUCCUCCAUUGCUCAAGCAGCAACAGAGGCCCAGGAACCACCAGGGUCCUAAUUUCCUAACGAGUCCCAAGAAAUUGAUAGAAGAGGCAUUCUUGGGAGGAGAAGAAAUGGCGGUUCUGGUCUUGGAUCGGGGGCUGUUGAAGAUUGACCCUGAGAGCAACGAGGCACAAGAAGGAUUGGUGCACGCUGUCCAAUUUGGGAUGGCUGGGGUGGUGAAGCGACUACUUGAACGAGGAGUCGAUCCCAAAUUGCCCUCACUCUACACUCAGCUAUCUUUGCCGGUGGCUGCAACAUAUUCUCCUCGCACUGAUGGUAGCAGUAAUGCUACAGCCAUUCUUGAUCUGCUCCUAGCCCAUGGUGCUGAUAUCGAGGAACGAUGUUAUCCUGGCAUGACUCCCUUGUAUCGGAUUGUCAUGCACGUCAAUGCCAAAAAGGAAUGGGUUUGCGAUCAAGCAGAGGUACGACUCUUGUUGGAGAGAGGUGCUGAUCCUUUCGCGGAGCAUGACCACUGGGUUGCACUCGUGACGGAAACAAGUGAUGCCCACGCUCAUUCCGACUCACCAUUCAGGAGUAGACGAUCAAUCCCAAGUCCCAAUUUCGGGACCGAGCAUGAUGACGGUUCUCUCAGGAGAAUGGUUAAAUUUGUGCGGCAGCCCAGGAUUCUAAUAGGCCAAGGUGAACACGAUGACCCAUUCCUAGCAUGUAUGAGACUGGGCGAUAAAGCAGUGCUCAACCUCAUGCUUGAUGCAAUUGAUCGGAAAGGUAUUCCCUUGGAGGAGUUGGAGGAUAGACUUGGCCGAGCCCGGAUUGAAGCGACUGAGAGUGGGAACCUGCGACUUCUACCCAUUCUAGAAGAUUAUUACUGGGCAAAACGAUAUCCGUGCAAGUAG